CCCACCCCACUCGUCCCGGGGCAGGGGACACAGGUGUCUGUCACCCGGAGCGGGCCGUGGGGCUCGGGCGGCCAAGGGCGGGACAUAAAUAGGGGGCGCCCUUGCCCUGGAGCUCCGGGACGCGCAGUCUCCUGCCAGCUCCAGUCGGCCGCGCUGAUCUGGAACGGCAGUGGCAACGGGAACGGGAAGGGGAACGGGAACGGGGACGAGAAUGGGGACAGGGACCAAGACGGGGCCCGGGACUGUGACCGCCCGCCCUGCCCCGCGCCGCAGAAUCGCGACCACGCCGCUGCCGCCCCCGCUGCUGCUGUUCCUGGGCCUGGGUCUCAUGCUCCUCCACUGUGUGCUGGCAGAUGAGAAUUCAACCAGAAGUCCCGCGACUCACGGUCCUCUCUGCAGAGAUCCUGUGGAAAACUGUACAGCCCCCACCACACAGCCGAAGCGGAAAGGCCACUUCUCCCGCUGCCCCAAGCAGUACAAGCAUUACUGCAUCAAGGGCAGAUGUCGCCUGGUGGUGGCUGAGCAGACACCCUCCUGCAUCUGUGAUGAGGGUUACACUGGAGCCCGGUGUGAGAGAGUUGACCUGUUCUACCUGCGAGGAGACAGAGGACAGAUUUUGGUGAUCUGUUUAAUAGCAGUGAUGGUCAUUUUUAUCAUUCUAGUCAUCAGUGUCUGCACAUGCUGUCAUCCUCUUCAGAAACAUCGUGAAGAAAGGAAGAAAGAAGAAGAAAGGGAAGCUUUGGGUAAAGAUACGACUCCUCUAAAUGAAGGCGUUGAAGAAACUAAUAUUGCUUGACAGCCAUGAAGUUUCCUCCCGGCUGGUCCAAGCUACACACUGCCUUGCUCAUUUGAAAACAGAAGGAACACGUCUCAGGAAAACAACUUGUAGAAAUGAACUUUAAAUACUGUACUUCUUAUUUUUAA